CUCUCACCCUCCCCUUCCCCUCUAGUCCCUCCACCCAAGCCCUCUCUCCUCCCUCCCUCUCUCCCUGCCCCUCUCCAAUCAUCCCUCUCUCCUCCUCCCCUCCUUCCUCCCUCGCUCUCUGCCACCCCAACCUUGUUGAUUCCCUGCCCCAACUUUUGCUCCCUCCCACUCCUCUACUACUGCCUCAAUCUCUCCCUCCAACCCCAAAGACACCCCCUCCAUUGACCGCUAUCCAGCUUCUUCGCCAGCCAGCUCCCUCUCUCCACUCAACCAGACAGGCCACCGAGGAGAGAGGAGAGGGAGAGGAGGAGAGAGCGUGGAGGAAGAAAGAGGAGAAGAGGAGGGAUGGGAUGACAGAGGGUGUCUUAACGCUCUCUCACACACUGAAGGCCCCUGCAGGAGGCAGCCUGGUGGAUGUGUGCUGUGUGUCGUGGCUGUCAGUAGGUGUAUGUGUAGCGGUGGCAGGAGAGUGGGAGGUGUGUGUUUGGGGUCAGAACAACCCCCCAUACUGGAGACGACUCCACACCUGGACCUUCAUAGAAUCAGUGAUGUCAGUGUUUCCUGUGUCGGACGCUCCUGGGCUUCUGUGUGUGACUCUGGGCCAGCUGGAAAUCAGAGAGGCCAGGGUCCUGUGCUGCUCCAGUCUGUCCCAGGCGGUGCUGUGUGAGGGGGAGAUCCACAUGGUGGUGGGCAUGUCCAACCGAAGGCUGGUUAGCUCCUCCUACUCUGUCGCCACAACCCCGCUGCAGGUCUACACACUGACACAGGAUGGCAGGCUGCAGGCCUGCCUGUCUUUGGUCUGUCCUACUGAGCGCGUGCAGACCAUGGCGGCGGUGGAGGGACAGACUGACGCUCUGAUUGGCUCAACCCACGGAGGACAUGUUGUUCUGUGGAACGUGGCGACGGGGCAGCUGCUGCGGAGCAUCAAUCUGGGAGAUGGUUUCACGGAUACGACCUGCCUCCGAGGAUACUCCCUCUGCGGGGUGCUGUUUGUCCUGUUGCAACACCCGUCCCUGUGUGCUGUGGAGGAGGAAGAGGGAGGGGCUCUGUUCUCGCUGGUCGCCACCAACCCUCUGACUGGCACCGUCGCCCUGGCAACCAGAUUAGGCCUCCCCAAAGCCUGCACCGGGAGGCUGGUGGAGGUUGAUGUCCAUGGAUCCAGUGUGGUUGGGGUUUUCCGGUCCGGCUCCGUGUGUGUGUGGCAGCUUGGGGGGCGUCAGGGCCAGCAGGGGGUCUGGUUCCCAGAGCUGGGGUGUCAGCUCGCCCGUUGGGGGGCGCAGGGAACUGUCCUGACGGCACACCUCAAUGGAGACGUCUGCUUACACCGCUACAGACCACUCUGAACAACUACAGACCACUAUAGACCACUCUGAACAACUAGAGACAACUCUGAACAACUACAGACCACUAUAGACCACUCUGAACAACUAGAGACCACUCUGAACAACUAGAGACCACUCUGAACAACUAGAGACCACUCUGAAC